AUGCUGAAACUACAGGGAUGCCCCAAGAGCGGAUCAGGCCAAGCUUUGGAGCACAGUGAAGGAGCCGGAGAGAAACACAAAGCGAUAGAAGUUAGCACGGAUACACCUCUGAAUUACGAGGAGCUAGCCGAGCUAGCAUCUUCUCAUCGUAGGGAGUUUCUGCGCUACGGAAAGCUAGACGACAUUGAGAAGGCUAUAGAAUAUGACGACCAGGCUCUAUCAUUGAUUCCUUACGAUGAUUCUGCCAUAGCAGGUCAACUUGCUAAUCUAGGAGUGGACUACGGCAAUCGAUUCCAGCGCACGGGCGACAUGAACGACCUCGCAAAGUCAAUGGAGUACUCGUCUCGUGCGGUCGAGCUGACCCCCGACAAUCACCCACACCUACCGCAACAGCUUGCUAAUCUAGGAGUGGACUACAGUGAUCGAUUCGAGCGCACGGGCGACAUGAACGACCUCGCAAAGUCAAUGGAGUACUUCUCUCGUGCGGUCGAGCUGACCCCCGACAAUCACCCACACCUACCGCAACGGCUUUCCAACCUGGGAGUGGACUACAGCAAUCGAUUCCGGCGCACGGGCGACAUGAACGACCUCGCAAAGUCAAUGGAGUACUUCUCUCGUGCGGUCGAGCUGACCCCCGACAAUCACCCACACCUACCGCAACAGCUUGCUAAUCUAGGAGUGGACUACGGCAAUCGAUUCCAGCGCACGGGCGACAUGAACGACCUCGUAAAGUCAAUGGAGUACAAGUCUCGUGCGGUCGAGCUGACCCCCGACAAUCACCCACACCUACCGCAACGGCUUGCCAGCCUGGGAGUGGACUACAGUGAUCGAUUCAAGCGCACGGGCGACAUGAACGACCUCGCAAAGUCAAUGGAGUACUCGUCUCGUGCGGUCGAGCUGACCCCCGACAAUCACCCACACCUACCGCAACGGCUUGCCAGCCUGGGAGUGGGCUACAGUGAAAGAUUCAAGCGCACGGGCGACAUGAACGACCUCGCAAAGUCAAUGGAGUACAAGUCUCGUGCGGUCGAGCUGACCCCCGACAGUCACCCACACCUACCGCAACAGCUUGCUAAUCUAGGAGUGGACUACAGUGAUCGAUUCCAGCGCACGGGCGACAUGAACGACCUUGCAAAGUCAAUGGAGUACUCGUCUCGUGCGGUCGAGCUGACCCCUGACAAUCACCCACACCUACCGCAAUGGCUUGCCAACCUGGGAGUGGACUACAGCAAUCGAUUCCAGCGCACGGGCGACAUGAACGACCUUGCAAAGUCAAUGGAGUACUCGUCUCGUGCGGUCGAGCUGACCCCCGACAAUCACCCACACCUACCGCAAUGGCUUGCCAACCUGGGAGUGGACUACAGCAAUCGAUUCCAGCGCACGGGCGACAUGAACGACCUUGCAAAGUCAAUGGAGUACUCGUCUCGUGCGGUCGAGCUGACCCCCGACAAUCACCCACACCUACCGCAAUGGCUUGCCAACCUGGGAGUGGACUACAGCAAUCGAUUCCAGCGCACGGGCGACAUAAACGACCUUGCAAAGUCAAUGGAGUACAAGUCUCGUGCGGUCGAGCUGACCCCCGACAAUCACCCACACCUACCGCAACGGCUUGCUAGUCUAGGAGUGGGCUACAGUGAACGAUUCAAGCGCACGGGCGACAUGAACGACCUCGCAAAGUCAAUGGAGUACAAGUCUCGUGCGGUCGAGCUGACCCCCGACAAUCACCCACACCUACCACAACGGCUUGCCAACCUGGGAGUGGACUACGGUAAUCGAUUCAAGCGCACGGGCGACAUGAACGACCUCGCAAAGUCAAAGGAUUACAAGUCUCGUGCGGUCGCACUGACCUCAAAUGACCACCCAGAUUUGUCUCGACGCCACUUCGGCUUAUCACUCUCUUACUUUAUUCAUUAUGACCAUACUAGCUAUAAACCGUCCUUAUCCAGCGCCAUGCUUUCUCUUCGUACAGCUGCCCAGUUAUUAGCUGGACCGCCACGAGACAGGUUCAUGUAUGCGCUUGAAUGGGCACAGCGCGCUGCAAAACAUAACCCCGAUGAUUGCAUGGAAGCAUAUAGAACUGCAGUCAAUCUUCUGCCCCAGUUCAUAUGGCUGGGUGCACCUACAGACCAGCAGUACCAGGACCUACUGAAGGCCGAGGAUCUGGCUGUCAACGCAGCAUCGACUGCCAUCCUCUCCUCCUCAUUCGAUGUCGCUCUUGAGUGGCUAGAGCAUGCACGAUGUGUGGUCUGGAGCCAGAGCCUUGCGCUUCGCUCGCCUCUUGAACGGCUUUACAAAUUUCAUCCGGACAUAGCUACUCAGCUUCACACGAUAUCAAACACCUUGUAUCAGACUGAUACUGAGUCUUCCCCAUCUCGUAAGCUCACGCCCGAGCUCAAGACAUCGAUUGACCGACACGGCUUAGCUAUAAGCUAUAAUCGCUUAUUGGCUCAGAUCCGCACUUUGGACGGGUUCGAGGACUUUCUUCUGCCCAUGAAGUCGGUUCGGCUCAUUGAUGCUGCCCGGAGCGGGCCCGUGAUUGUGAUCAACUGCAGCGAACGCUGCUGUGACGCACUUGUCAUCAUUCCCGGUCAAGUCACUAUCAGCCGCGUCCAUCUUCCUAACUUCACAAAGAAGAAGGCACAAGAAGCUCGUGACAAGAUGGAAGCGUCACUUCGGAACAAGAACCUUCGCGAGCGUGGGGCCAGACUCAUACCGGUGCCAGGAUACAAAGAUGGGUUUGCCAGCGUGCUACUUGAUCUCUGGACCGACAUCGUCAAGCCAGUAUUGGACUUUCUUGGGUACAUGGAAAGCGUGCGAGAGAGCGGCUCGGACUUGCCACAUGUCACGUGGUGUCCCACCGGCGUACUAUCCUUCUUGCCACUGCAUGCUGCUGGCGACUACGGUCAGUCUGGAUGCAGAGUGUUCAACUAUGUCGUAUCGUCAUACACGCCCACGCUUACUGCUCUUCUCGCAUCUACCCCGAGUACACUCAGCAGCGCCCCUCGAGUACUGGCAAUCGGUCAAGCAAACACACCCAAGCACACACCCCUACCUGGCACGACUACCGAGCUCGAGCUCAUCAAAGCGCAUACACAAAGCAAGGGCGAGUACUCGCAGCUCAUAGAUAGCCAGGCGACGACAGCCGCUGUGCUCGAUGCUAUGGAUGAGCAUGACUGGGUGCAUCUUGCCUGCCAUGCUCACCAGAACGUCACAAACGCUACCAAGAGCGGGUUCUUCCUACACGACGGCACACUCGACCUUGCUGCGAUCAACCGAAGAUCUUUCAGGAACAAGGGGCUUGCGUUUCUGUCGGCUUGUCAGACCGCGACAGGCGACGAUAAGCUGCCGGACGAAGCGAUACAUCUGGCGUCGGGCAUGCUGAUGGCUGGGUAUCCGAGCGUGAUUGCGACAAGGUGGUCGGUGAAAGAUGCGGACGCGCCGUUCAUAGCAGACAGAGUAUAUGGGGAGCUGAUGAAGGAAGGAAAGGUGGGGAACGGAGAGGCGGGUCGAGCGCUGCACAGUGCUGUCGCUGCGCUGCGUGAGAAGGAUGGGCUCGAGCAAUGGAAAACUCUGUUUUGA